AUGCGUCAAUGCGCUCUUCCGAACUUGUUCCAUGAUGUCGAAAAGGUGCCUGCAUGUUUUUAACCGCUCUAUCAUACAAUCAAGAUGCAACAGCCGCCUGGCUCAUUGCAAUACCCUUUGCCGACCUAAUCCUUCUCCACAACUAAGACCGUUCUCGUCACUGCCAGCGCGAAUCGUUCAAUUCCAGACAGCCAGUACCACUAGUUCACUGCCAGCCUUCCUUCAUUUUGCUCGUACGCAACUGCGUAAUGCAACUCAUAGAGACCUGCUUCGUUCCCGGUAUAAUUCUUCCCGUCGCCCACCCCGCAGGCCAAACUGGCUAGACUCAAUAAACGGAAACGUCAUAUUCGUGGCCGUCAUUGCAAUAAACGCUGGCGUCUUUCUUCUCUGGCAAGGUGCCAAGUCCACAUACCAAACCACUCGUGACCCCACACUCUGGAUAUUCCUUCGGAACAACUUUUUAGUGAAUUGGGAGAACAUCACCUCCGGUCGCGUGUGGACGCUCAUCACCUCGUGUUUCUCCCAUCAAGACAUAGAGCACAUAUUGUUCAAUGGCCUUUCAUUCUACUUCAUGGCCCCUGGCGUCAUGCAAGUCCUCGGGAACUCGCGUUUCUUGGGGCUCUACUUUCUCGGCGGCAUCGCAUCCAGCGUGACGAGUCUCGUAUGGAACCGUUUCUACAAGCGUGAAUCCAACUACUCUUCACACGGCGCAAGUGGCGCAAUAUUAGCAACCAUCGCGUUUUACGCCUGUGCAUUUCCCAGAACGAGGUUUUUAAUAUUCUUCGUCAUCCCUUGUCCUGCGUGGGCGUUCCUUCCCGGGAUCCUCGCGUUUGAUGUGUAUAGGAGUGUUACAGAUGCUAGAACGACAACGGAUACGGCAGGUCAUGUUGGUGGAAUGCUGUCAGGCAUAAGUUUCUUCUUAUGGAGAGUGGCUCUUCGUCGCUAGACUUGCCAAAUCCUGCUGCGAUGGCAUUUAUCAUGCCAACUACCUACACUCA